CCUCAACCUCCCACACCUUGCGCAGCCUUCUCAACCCCAGGAAAUAUGUCUAGCAAAACCACCGUGAGGAGCCAAAGCAGCAGCCGUCGUGGCUUCAGUGCCAGCUCAGCCAGAGGCCCUGGGCUCAGCCGCUCUGGCUUCAGCAGUGUCUCUGUGUGCCGCUCCAGGGGCAGUGGUGGCAUUGGGGCAGCGUGUGGAGGAGCUGGCUUUGGCAGCAGGAGCCUCUAUGGCCUGGGGGGUUCCAAGAGAAUCUCCAUCGGAGGGGGCAGCUGUGCCACUGGUGGAGGAUAUGGCAGCAGAAUUGGAGGUGGCUUUGGCUUUGGAGGUGGAGCCGGCAGUGGAUUUGGUUAUGGUGGUGGAGCUGGUAGUGGUUUUGGGCUUGGUGGUGGAGCUGGCUUUGGAGGUGGCUAUGGGGGCGCUGGCUUCCCUGUGUGCCCCCCUGGAGGCAUCCAAGAGGUCACAGUCAACCAGAGUCUUCUCACUCCUCUGAACUUGGAAAUCGACCCCACCAUCCAGCGAGUGAGGACUGAGGAGCGUGAGCAGAUCAAGACCCUCAACAACAAGUUCGCCUCCUUCAUCGACAAGGUGAGGUUCUUAGAGCAGCAGGAUAAGGUUCUCAACACCAAAUGGACACUGAUCCAGGAGCAGGGCAUCAAGACAGUCAAGCAGAAUCUGGAGCCUAUCUUUGAGCAGUACAUCAACAACCUGGGAAGGCAUCUGGAUACCGUCCAUGCAUAGAGAGGCCACUUGGACUCAGAGCAGAGGAAGAUGCAGGACGUGGUGGAAGACUAUAAGAGCAAAUAUGAAGAUGAAGUCAACAAGCGCACAGCAGCAGAGAAUGAAUUUGUUAACCUGAAGAAGGAUGUGGAUGCUGCUUACAUGAAUAAGACUGAACUGCAAGCCAAGGUAGACAGUCUUGUCGGUGAGAUCAACUUCUUGAGACCCAUCUAUGAGGCAGAACUGUCUCAGAUGCAAACCCACAUCUCAGACACCUCUGUCAUCCUGUCCAUGGACAGCAACCGUAACCUGGACCUGGACAUCAUCAUGGCUGAAGUUAAAGCCCAAUAUGAGGAGAUUGCUCAGAGGAGCUGAGCUGAGGCUGAGUCCCAGUACCAGACCAAGUAUGAGGAGCUGCAGGUCACAGGAGGCAGAUAUGGGGACGACCUGCGGAACACCAAGCAGCAAAUCGCUGAGAUCAACUGCAUGAUCCAGAGGCUGAGAUCUGAGAUUGACCAUGUCAAAAAGCAGUGCGCCAACGGGCAGGCCACCAUUGCUGAUGCUGAACAGUGUGGGGAGCUGGUCCUCAAGGAUGCCAGGAACAAGUUGGAAGGGCUGGAGGAUGCCCUGCAGAAGGCCAAGCAGGACAUGGCCAGGCUGCUGAAGGAGUACCAGGAGCUCAUGAAUGUUAAGCUGGCCCUGGAUAUGGAGAUCACCACCUACAGGAAGCUGCUGGAAGGCAAGGAGUGCAGGCUGAAUGGUGAAGGUGUUGGCCCAGUCAAUAUCUCCAUGGUGCAGUCUACUGACUUUAGUGGCCAUGGCAGAGAAAGUGGCAUGGGCAGUGGCAUAGGCCUGAGCAGAUGCAGCAGCUACUCCUACAGCUCUGGUCACAGCCUUGGAGGUGACUUCAGUUCUGGCAGUAGCAGAGGCAUCAGCAUUGGUGGCAGCCUCAGCUCUACUGGGGGCAGCACUUCUACCAUCAAGUGCAUCAGCUCCUCUUCCAGAAGGAGGAACUACAAGCAUUGA